AUGGCCAUUUUCGACCUCGUUUUUCGAAACAGGGACCAGGAGGUCCCGGUCGUGGACGAGGAGGCCAAGGGCCCUCACUUCACUGUCUUCUCGAGUCCCAAGUCCUCUCAACCGAAUAGUGAAUCCUCAUCUGGCUUUGCAACACCCACAGAAGAGAAGAGCCUCGCUCCCCUGGGAAGAUGUCCGGAGAUCGGUCGGCUGGCCUCCUGGCGAGGCGCGCUGAUCCUGCUGGUGACCUCGGGCUCCCAAUUCCUCGAUAACGUGUACAUGACCAGCGCCAACGUCGCUCUCUCCUCGAUCCAAAAAGACUUCGACGUGACCAGCACAAACCUGCAAUGGAUGAUCUCCGCAUAUACCUUGACGUUUGGCGGCUUCCUGCUUCUUGCCGGCGUGCUCUCCGAUCAAUACGGCCGGAAGAACAUUCUCUGCAUCGGCCUGUUCUGGCUGUCUGUCUGGACCCUGGCGAUUGGCUUCGGCCAGUCCUUCAUCCAGCUCACAGUCUUCCGAGGCCUGCAAGGCAUCGGAGCAGCAAUGACCGUUCCAUCCGCGAUCGGGAUCAUCAGCGCCUACUUCACGGGCGUUGAUCGCACGCGCGGACUAGCCAUCUACGCCUCAUCAGGAACACUGGGGUUCUGCGUGGGCCUGAUCUUCGGGGGGUUCCUGACCUCCUCGCUGGGCUGGCGAUACAUCUACUACUUCAUCGUAAUCAUCACGGGAUCGCUGGGCAUUCUAGGUGCCGUCGUUCUCCCAAAAGACAUCAUGGCCAAGGAGAAGCCGAAGAUGGACUUCGUGGGCGCGUCGAUGUCGACGGUGGGACUGAUUCUGCUGCAGUUCGUCCUGUCGAGCGGGGGAUCCUACGGCUGGAGCCAGCCGUUCAUCAUCGUGCUGUUGAUCCUGGCGGUGGCGCUGCUGGUCGCGUUCACCAUGCUGCAGAAAUACAUCGCGUAUCCGCUGAUGCCGCUCUCGCUGUGGAAGAUCCCCAACUUCGCGGGACUCUACCAGAACGUGAUCUACUACAUCGUGCUGACGGCACAGGAGGUCGACAAGCUGUCGGCGGGCCAGACGGCGCUGCGCUUCCUCCCGAUGGGGGCGAUCGGGUUCGUGGCCUCGAUGGGCACGGGCAAGUUGCUGGAGUUCGUGAACGGGAAGUACACGCUCAUCGCGGGGCUGGUGCUGACGGUGGUGGCGCCGAUCCCGAGCUCCAUCACCGUGAGCCCGGAGUCGAGUUUCUGGAUCAACGUCUUCCCCACCUCCCUAAUCAGCAUCACAGCCAUCUCGCUCAUCUUCGUAACAACCAGCACAUGCAUCCUGACCACCGUGCCGAUUAACGUGAAAAGCCUCUGUGGCGGAAUGCUAAACACAGCCUUCCAAAUCGGCUCCGGCGUCGCCCUGGCCAUCUCCGCUGCCGUCACUGAGGCAGUCGACAUCGAGAAGGGCCACGAUCUCGCCCACCAGUACUCGACGGGUCUGUGGUGCUCCGCCGGCCUGGCUGGGCUGGGGCUGGUAGUGGCUCUCUUCGCCGUGCGAAGAAGGGGAAUCGGGCCUGAGGACCGGUGGAUUCUGUUGGUGCGAUUUGAUUUGUCUUCUGUGUCUUUUAAGUGUGGUAAAAGUUGA